AUGGUCUACUCAUCAAAAUACUCCCAGAUCUUGGAGAUUCUCACGAAGCAGCCAAGGCAUACAAGAUUGAGACGAGAGCUACCAGAUGGUAAGAGACUGAGCGAUGGUCAUUUGAGUUUGGAUUUCAUCGAGAGCGUAUGGAAGGCGGCUUUGAUUGCAUCACGAGACCCGGGCAGAGGAGCAGAGAAAGGACGAGAGGUGGAGUACUAUAUGCAUCGCGCAGAUAUAAUGUUGUGGACAAGUUAUUGUAAGUCACUGAAAUAUUGCAUGCCUCUAGAAGUGGAAGAUUGUAAUAGACCGUUACAUGAUAUCUGGCCCUGUUGUCGCAGCUGAUAGAAUGCUUACUUCCUUUUAGUUGGUCACGAAGAAGGCUGUCUUGAAUUUCCGUGGGAGUACGAUCCUCCAUCGCAGCCUGCACGCGUGUUGGAGAGACAGCAAGAAAUUGGAAAGAAACCCCAGGACGAGUUCAAAAUUCAAAAUCAACCAGACAAACGCGCAGAUCAGAAAUAUAAAGAACGACCGAACCAUCUUACCCGGAGCAAUUUUGAAAGCCGAAACACGAUAAUUGUCAAGCUUUCAAACCGCCCAAUCCAUCGAGCGCUGCCCCACAUCCAAAGUUCAUCUCUGAAACAACAUCCCGAUGCGAGGGUCUUCAAUGCAUUUGAAUACACGAUAGAAAAUGGCGACUUUCAAUAUCCACAUUCAUGGAUAGCGAAGGAUACAAGGGAAUUUGGACUAGUCUACUUACCACCUCAUUUCACCUACAUACCUUCGCAUGCAUGGGGAGCCUACAUUGGAAGAGGCGGAAUGUUUCAGCGGGAUCUCAAUGAACGCUUCCAGAACAUUGUCAAGAUUUCCGGAGAACGGUUAGACAACUUAACUCGACUCGGCCUCCCAAGACGAAUUCAAUGCGAUGUUCAUGGUCUUUUUGUACAACCAGUGAGAAAGCGAGACAUGGAUGACUCCAAGAUCAGAGCAGCCUGCGAAGAACUUGCAGAACAGUUUCUCCGCUCAUGGGUAUCUUCCCCGGAUUACAAUGGCAAGUUGUCGCCUAUCAUUGACUAUUGGUACAUAUGGGUGAAAAACUUGGGAAGAGAGCCACUUAUCCUCCAACUGCUAAAAGAUCUUCGAAACAGUACCGCACAAGUCAAAUCAAGCCAUCAAGGAACAAAGCGAAGAAAUGAGGACGGGGUAAAGCCUGAAGCACAGAGAAUAAAAGUAGAGUUGUUCCCAGAAGGCCCGAAAGAACGGCGAUAUGAUCGCGACUUCCGUGAGGAUAAGUCAACGGAACAGAGGGGAAAGGGAUUGGAAUGAUCUCAACAGGACUUUGAAGAGGGAAAGGAAAAGCAUAAACCAACAGGACAAAAGACAAAAUCAGAGGUAUUUCCGGCACGUAUCGAGUGGCAACAUCAAGUCAGACCUUCAUUUUCGUAGUCAUCAGUGUGCUGACGAAUGCCACAAUUGCGAAAUCUGACAGUAGACUAACUCACAAAGUGUUUUCUCUUACCUAUGUCUGCCUUUCUUAGUUUGAUUUGGACUAUUUAUAGAGUUUGUGUUCUUUGUUUGUGACAAAGUCUCUGAAAGAAUAAUAUAUAGAUGUCUUCAUACUUACAUUGAUAGGUGCCAAAAUCUGAGUAUUUGCAACAAAUGUUAGAGUAUAGUUCUGUCCAGAAUUAAAAGACGUUUGUCAAGGACUAGCGUGAGGACGGAAUACUCAACUACUUGGGUAACACUUGAGUUGUUCGGAAUAAUCUUAAGUGGAUUUGAAGAGGUAGUCUUAUUGAGUAGGAUAGAGUAGUGGGUAUGACUGCUUAAGUGCUGCUUCAUCACGUGAGUAUUCUACUAUACAUAGUAACUAUAUUACUGCCUACUACUCAUAUCAGAGAGAACUUAGCUAAAUCCGAUCAGUCGAACCAUCCGGAAACAUGACC